GGUCACAUGACUAAAGUGUCGAUGGCAGCUUGUCAACCGGCACAAACACGCUGCUCACUGCUUAUCCCAAACACCCCAACUUGGGGGUAGGCAACUUGCGCAUCUUCGCCGAGUAGACAGGAAAGGGCUUCCAGAGCCGAUUCCCUGCUUUACGCAAAACGUGUGCUUGUGCCUGUCAACCUCCUCGUCUGCCCUGGACAAUUGCUACUCCAUUCAUCCAUCCCCCUUUGUGUCGCCAAUGCCGUCCAGAUAGAUAGCUAGCCAUUCCAGCGCCAUUCUCCGCGAAACGAACAUGGCACACCGGCCAACGUCAAGAUUGUUUCUUUUUAUUGGCCUUGCGUUCUUCUUCAUCCUUACCCUCGCAUUCCUCCGCCAAGGCUCCCCACUAAGUCCUGAGGCGCGUGCCCCAGGCCACGUUGACAGGACAAUUCCCAAUGUCGAGAUAACAGAUAAGAUGCUGCAAGGGGGUGUGGUAAGUUCGAAGAUGGGCAAUGAGACUGCGAGGGCGGAACUUGGUCGGGCAGCUUGGAGAGUGCUCCAUACCAUGAUGGCGCAGUUUCCAGACGAGCCAUCAGAGGAGCAACAAGAAACGCUACGGUCAUACAUAUAUCUAUUCUCAAGAUUAUACCCUUGCGGCGAAUGCGCAUCCCAUUUCCAGGCCCAUUUAGCAAAAUUCCCGCCGCAAGUGUCGUCGCGCUCCGCAGCCGCUGCAUGGGCAUGCCAUGUUCACAACGAAGUGAACAAGAUGCUCCACAAGGAUAUCUUCGACUGUAGCAAGAUUGGAGAUUUCUACGACUGUGGCUGCGCACAUGACGACGACAAGAGUGACGGCGGAGGGGAGAAGGGGGGCCAAGAUGGAGCGGGAGAUAGUAGCAAGAUAAAUCCUAUGAAAAGUGCUAAUCAGCCCGUUUCAGGCAAGGCGGAGGUGGAUGAAAGCGCAACGAAGAAAGUAUCCCAGAAUGGGAGGCAGAUCAACCCUGGGUCGUUUCCACCUGUCGAAAUACACCCUGAACCGCAAACAAAUGGUUAGUGGUUUAUUCGGUUUGAAUUGUCCUCCGAUGAUGCCCUUAACCAUACGUGGAAGGCUCUAUCCGACAUGGAACUAAGGGUGUUCGGUGGACGACCGCGGGGGAUUGUGAACGCCCAUACUACUAAUCGUGCCCCAUGGCCUCAAAAGUUCAAAUGCCAUCUUCAGAGCAAUGGACUCAAACCACUGAUGGUGUAAAUUUUAUCUAUAAGUGGACUGGCGUUCAGGUUUUGAUAUUCGGAUUGUAUUAUAUCCCCCCCUUAUUGCUUCAGACAUGCAGCGUCAUAUUUCUAUAAUAGUCGAGCAGGCCUCAUAAAAAAGACAAUGUUACAGUAGAGAUCAAAACACAUAAAGCCAAGAGAGGUGCACAUUGCAAUAUUUGU